AUGGGGAUGCUGACUAUAGGACGCUUCCUCAGCCGGCCUUAUCCACACUCCCGUGACGGCCCCACGAUAUUUUCCUUCCAGCAAAGGCUCAUCAUGGAAGACGGUGGCUCCUAUGAUGCGAGAAAGCCAGAGUCCGUGGCUAGCAGUAGCUCGCCUGCUUUGCAACCCACCACGGUCUACGAUCUCUCUGAAACGGAAGAGACGCUAAACUCGCCUGAUACCUUCUACUCGCCGCCUGCCUCGCCGGGCCGUCUGUCGCGCAACCCAUCCUUCUCGUACCAUGAUGACUGGGAGACAUUUCCGCCUCUCGACCAACUGACGGUGUUCGACCUGCUUGAUAACCUCUCGCUGUCACAGAGGCUGGAAAGGCUGCAGCGGGCACUCAACGCGCAAAAGGACAAAGUCAAGAGACAACGCGAGAAGCUCAAGUCCACUUCGAUCAACGCGAAGGAACGUGUUGUGGGCGAAUGGAAGAGACGGAUUCCAACAGCCGAUGAACAGCUAGACAAGUACCGCCGUCGCAUGAAAGAUGGCGUAGAACGACUGGGCAAACAAUGGAACGCUACCGCAACCGUCACACUGCGUGAGAAAAUCUCCUUCAUCGCUGGUGUCAUGAACAUCCUUGUGAGCGGCUACCUUCUUGGAGGGUUCCCGGAAUACUUCUACAUUUGGUUCAGCGUGCAGUUGGCCUACUUCAUGCCUAUCAGAUACUACCGGUAUCACAAAAAGGGCUAUCAUUAUUUUUUGGCUGAUCUCUGCUACUUUGUGAAUGUGCUCUGUAUGCUUAGCCUCUGGGUUUUCCCGGGGUCGAAGAGGCUGUUUAUCAGCACCUUCUGCCUAGUAUUCGGCAACAACGCCGUUGCAAUUGCCAUGUGGCGCAAUUCGAUGGUUUUCCACAGUAUGGACAAGGUGGUCAGUCUCUUUAUCCACAUCAUGCCACCCGUUUCCUUGCAUUGUCUUGUCCAUAUGACGUCAGCGGAGACGCUGCGAGAACGAUUCCCGGCAGUCUACGAGAUCAAGUUCAGCGAACCGGGUUCGCCCAAUCACUUCAACCUCCUGGAGAUGAUGGGUUGGGCAACCGUCCCUUACCUAAUUUGGCAGUUGACGUAUCACUGCUUUAUCACUGUUCGUCGUGCCGAGAAAAUUGCUGCAGGACGUCCGACCAGCUUCACUUGGCUCCGCAAGUCUUAUGCCAAGACCUGGAUCGGCAAGGUCGUUUUGAGCCUGCCCGAAUCGCUCCAAGCUCCGGCUUUUAUGAUGAUUCAGUAUUUGUACGCGAUAUUGACCAUGAUUCCCUGCCCUCUGUGGUUUUGGUCUCGGUGGGCGAGCGGUAUUUUCCUCACCGGUCUUUUCAUUCUCAGCGUUCACAAUGGCGCGACAUACUAUAUUGACGUCUUCGGCAAGCGCUUCCAGAAGGAAUUGGAAGAGCUGAAGAGGGACGUCGCUCGCUGGCAAUCGUCCCCAGAAGGAGUCGCGAGCCCGACGCUUCUGUCUUCUGACAAUACUGCGACAGUCGGGGCCAAGGGCCUUGAGGAAUCGGCUAGUGGCGGAUCCGACAAAGUCGGCGUUGACCAGAUCCCUCUUCUUGAUGCCCAGUCGACUGGUGUAGAGAGCGGCCAUGCCGCCGACAACUCUGGGGUCCGGGAAAGGUCUUGA